CUAGCGGUCAACAAUUUAAACGCAGCCAUUUCGUUAGAUUAAUGUAGGAGCUAUGAACAACACAUAACGAAUUUUUAUUUCUCUUCACAGUUUAGAAGACUAGUCGGCAUGUUCUGCCUCCAGUGUGCAAGGGAGGGAAAGAAAGAAGAUGUCUUUUACGCUACGGAGAUCAAAGAUGACGCUGACAUUGUCCAUGAAUUCGAAAAGGAAUACAAAGUCCUGAAACUACACCUUUGUUCGGACCUUAAGGAAGAGGAAGAAGAUGUUCCUCUGUGUGCAACAGAGGCGCAGAGAGCGUUGUCGCCGCUUCCUGCUGAGGGCGUCAGCGCACAGGGCCGACCGUUGCUCGAGGACACGGAGCUGGAGGACCAGGUCGUUGGAACGGUUGGUGAUGCAACGCUAAUCUUGACGGUCGCCUGUGUCCACGCCGAACCAGAGAGUGACUGUUGGAGUGAGGAGGAAGGUCCCGCCUGCGGGUCGUCGCUGAAGUUGCUACCGGCACUGCCGGGCCGAAAGUCUGGCCGGCAAAGUGAGCGAUCCGCCGAUCGCUCGCCAGCGCUGCCAAUCAUCUAAGAAAUUAAAAGCCUUUGAAACUUCAGCUGUUCAGUCAUUUAGCCGUACAGCUGCAAGAAUGUUAGUUGACGAAACGAAGGCUGAGUCCCUCUAUUAUUUGUCCUGAAGUGUCUCGAACUAGUUCAUUGAAUUACAGAAUGUCCCUUCUGAGAUUAGUUGCAAGCAGUGAAUAGCUCACAGUGUCCGAAGAGCAGUAUAACGUCCUUGGUAAGCUGAGUGUACCAGCUCCAGUUGGGUUCCCAGUGUCUGGGGCAUGUAGAUGAGCUGGCGCCUCGUCAACACAUACUAUUAGAAGCACUUGCGCAAAGUAAUGAGAUAAUGUGCUCACCCUAUAUUUACUUCAAGCUUCCUAUUUUUUAACAGCGAUUUUCAUAAAUUGUAUAAAUUAUCACACAUACGUAUCAGGGUCACUCCAAAAGAAAAGCAGAUUUCUUUUUAAUAUCAAUUUUAUU